AUGCAUUAUAAAUUUAUUUCAUACAAUUUAACGAUAUCUAUCUAUCUAUCUAUCUAUCUAUCUAUCUAUCUAUCUAUCUAUCUAUCUAUCUAUCACUUCAAUCUAUCUAUCUAUCUAUCUAUCUAUCUAUCUAUCUAUCUAUCUAUCUAUCUAUCUAUCUAUAUAUACUAUGUAGCUAACACCAUUAAAUUAAAACAAAACGAUGAAUGCUAUCUAUCUAUCUAUCUAUCUAUCUAUCUAUCUAUCUAUCUAUGUUAUUACAUUCUUUCUUUCCUAUUUUAUAUUAAUUCUUUUCUUUCUUUUUUUUCUUUCUUUCUUUCUUUCUUUCUUUCUAUCCUUUGCGCCAAUUCUUUCUUUAUUCUAUCAUUUGAUGAAGUUCUCUUUCUUUCUUUCUUUCUUUCUUUCUUUCUUUCUUUCUUUCUUUCUUUCUUUCUUUAUCUCGGACUGCCAGAUUUCCGUGUUGCCCCUUGCGAUGUUCCGCUCGCUUCAUGA